CCAAGUGGCGUCUCAAUUGUCAAAGUGACGAAGACGAAGGUCUAGAAUGCGCGUCCCCGUACCCCUUGCCAUCAAGUAAGGUGAGGGACCUCCCUAGCCGACCAAGGGGUUCGGCCAACGGUCAUGACAUUCGAUCAUCAUCGGCGCGUGCUGGGUCAUAAACUGUUAUUAUUGUCCGGACACCAAAGCUGCGAAAAUGACCGACCGCGUCUCACAUAAAUGGACAGGAGAGCAGACUCGCCUUCUUAUCAAGUACAGGAGUGAGAAUGAGAAGUUGUUCACCAAAUCAAAGAUGGCAGCCAAGAUGCAGUGGCAGGUUUUUGUGAAGAACGCAGGCCUAGAGGGAAAGGUCACCGGGGUGCAGGCUUCAAAGAAGUGGGAAAACCUCAAGCAAAAAUACAAGGAGGUGAGAACACCCAAGACAGGGUCAGGAAACGAAAAUGGGGAGUACCAGUGGCAAUACUAUGAGGACAUGCAUGCCGUCAUGGCUGCUAAACAUUCAAUCGAGCCCCCUCUGCUGGGGGCAUCCCUGCCCUUGAGGGCACAAGACGAUACCCGCAAGGAUACUGAAGAGCCCUCCCCGGACUCAUCUGUCAACACAGAGUCAGGACAUGAGUCACCUACACCCAGCACCACAAAGAAGAAGAGGAAGGCAGAUACGGCAUUAGAGUUUCUACAAGAGAAGGUGGGUGAGGAGAAGAAGAGGUUUGAGCUCCAGGAGGCCAAGAUAGCGGAGCGUCAUGAGGAGAAUGCAGCCCUGAUGAGGCAGAUGCUGGCCAUCUGCAGGGAAAUGGGGACAGACAGGGUGACCACGGGGCCCAGCGACGGCCACUACCCGCGGGGGAGACGGAAUGGCGGAGACGGCCUCUGCCUAUCUAGCUAA